UUUCAAGGCUCUGUGAAAAUGGCCACUUCAGAGAGUGCCAGCUUGAGUAAAGCUGUGAAGCAGCAGUAUAUGGAUCUUCCUCAGGGAGACAAAGUUCAGGCCAUGUACAUCUGGAUAGACGGGACUGGAGAGGGGCUCCGCUGCAAGACCAGAACUUUGGAUAAUGAACCCAAGACCAUUGAUGGUAAGUUUUUGUUUUUCAUAAUGGGUUGCCAAACGACCAAUGGGAACACCUUCCCCUUAAUGUGAUGUGAUUGAGAUGCUUAAGAUAAGAUGUUUACAUUCAUAGAGCUUCACAAACAUUUAGGCUAACUUCAAUAAUACAUUGUGUUUUAUACAGAUGGAGUACUCAUUGAAUGAUCACAUUCUGAUUGAUGGUAGUCCUUACAUUACCCUGAACUUAAAGAGUUGUUGAAUUGCUUUAGUUCUGUUAAUUUCACAGUUCCCCCUCUCUCCUCCUCCAGAUCUUCCAGAGUGGAACUUUGAUGGUUCCAGUACGUACCAGUCAGAGGGCUCUAACAGCGACAUGUACCUGAUCCCUGCUGCUAUGUUCAGAGACCCCUUCAGGAAAGACCCCAACAAACUGGUCCUGUGUCAAGUGCUCAAAUACAACCGCAAGCCUGCAGGUAAGCCUAUGCAGUAAAUUGACCUUGGGACACAAACGUUUUAAAACUUUUGCAAAAUAAAAUGAAUAUUAGUGUUUCUUAUUGGACAAGUUCAGAUGGUAACUCUGUCAGUAGCAUUUUCUUUCGUUUCGUGCCUUGAAUGGCCAUUGAAUCCAGACCCAAUUGUCUAAGUAAUGUAUUACCAUGUCUCCCACCAGAAACCAAUCUCCGGCUGAUGUGUAAGAAGAUCAUGGAGAUGGUAGAGAACCAGGUCCCUUGGUUCGGCAUGGAACAGGAGUACACCAUCCUGGGCACAGACGGACAUCCUUUUGGUUGGCCUUCCAACGGCUUCCCUGGUCCCCAAGGUCAGUUUGAGAGUUGUCUAUGUCCCAAAUGGCACCCAAUUCCCUAUAUAGGGCUCAACUUUUGACCAGAUAUAUAGGGGAAAAGGCUGCCAUUUCAGACAUAGCCUCAGUCUUUUAGCAGACUCUUAUCCAGAGUGACUUGCAAUCGGUACAUUCAACUAAAGUACUUACAUGAGAGUUUAAACUUUUUUAACCUAUGCCAAAAAAAACACUGGCAUUGAGCCUGAAGAUGUGGUGUUUCUGAACAGGUCCCUACUACUGUGGAGUAGGAGCAGACAAGGCGUACGGUAGAGACAUCGUAGAAGCCCACUACAGAGCCUGUCUUUAUGCCGGGGUUCAGAUAUGUGGCACCAAUGCUGAAGUCAUGCCAGCUCAGGUAGGAAACACUGCACAUUGAUAUCAAAAUAAACCCUAUUGGGGCCAAUUUUUACCAGACACAAAUUUAACCUGCCUUUUUAGUCCUGGACUAGGCUUAAUCUGUGACUCGGAAACGGCCCAGUGUUCUAAACCAUUUGAACUUUCAAAGCUAGUAUCUCUCAUCCCUAAGCUUCAUGUACAGUAUGUAUUGUGUCUUCCAGUGGGAGUUCCAGGUGGGUCCUUGUGAAGGGAUCAACAUGGGAGACCACCUCUGGGCAGCUCGGUUCAUCCUACACCGGGUGUGUGAGGACUUUGGCGUGGUGGCCUCAUUCGACCCCAAGCCCAUCCCUGGGAACUGGAAUGGUGCUGGCUGUCAUACCAACUUCAGCACCAAGGAGAUGAGAGAAGAUGGUGGAUUGAGGUAGGCAUGGAUUGAGUUUGUGCUGUAAACGCAUUAAGGGCCAUUUUCCCUGGACCCAUAUAAAUCCUAGGCCUAGACUUCAAUGGCAAUUUUUCAUUGAAAGUGCUUCUUAGCAGAGAGGAAGUGGUGAUGCGAAAAUCUGUCCAAAAUAAGGCCAAUGGGUUUAUUUUGGACCUAAUUUUGUCACCUGCCUUCCUGCCUUUGGGACAACGACUCCCAUUGUUAAGGCGGAGACAUGAGCAUCUCGUCAUUAUAUACAGAUCUCUGUUCUUAGUCAAAGACUAGGCUAAAUCUCUGUCUGGGAAAUCAGCACAUAAGAUUUUUAGUCUUAAGUCUCUUUAGCAGUGGAUUAACCCCUUCCCCCUCUAUCCACACAGGGCCAUUGAGGAGUCAAUCGAGAAGCUGGGAAAGAGACACCGCUACCACAUCUGUGCCUACGACCCCAAAGGGGGGCUGGACAACGCGCGCCGCUUGACCGGUCACCACGAAACGUCCAACAUACAUGAGUUCUCAGCCGGCGUGGCAAACCGCGGCGCCAGCAUCCGCAUCCCCCGCUCAGUGGGUCAGGACAAGAAGGGCUACUUCGAGGACCGCCGCCCGUCGGCUAACUGUGACCCAUAUGCAGUCACGGAAGCCAUGAUACGCACAUGUUUGCUCAGUGAAGAGGGGGAGGAGCCUACAGAAUACAGCAAAUAA